AAAAGGGCCGGGCGCCGAUCAAGAUUGAUUGACGUUACAUAGAGCACAUCUGUUUCUCGAUCCAUCUGUUCCCAAUCCCACUGCUCCAAAUCUCAUCUGCUCCACCACCUUACAAUCUACCUAUCAAAUUGGCCCAUAUUCUGAACAAUGGCCGAAGCAGCAGCUCCACCCAAGAAACGCAUCCUCUGCUCCUACGGCGUGGACAUCGACGCCGUCGCUGGGUGGCUCGGCUCCUACGGCGGGGAGGACUCGCACUCUGACAUUUCCCGAGGAAUGUUCGCCGGCACCGUCGGCACGCGCCGCAUGCUCAAGCUGUUCGAAAAGUACAACAUCAAGGCGACGUGGUUCAUCCCGGGGCACUCGCUCGAGACGUUUCCCGAGGAGUGCGCCAUGGUGCGGGACGCGGGGCAUGAAAUCGGCCUCCACGGCUACUCUCACGAAAACCCCGUGGACAUGACAUGGGAGCAGCAGCGGGACGUGUUAGACAAGUCCUACCGGCUUCUGACGGAAUUCUGCGGGAAGCCACCACGUGGGAAUGUCGUUCCGUGGUGGGAGUGCAACGAGGAGGGCACGGAGCUGCUGCUCAGCUACGGCAUCGAGUAUGAUCACUCCAUGAGCCACCAUGAUUGCCAGGCAUACUACCUGCGCAAGGGCGAUAGUUGGACGAAAAUUGAUUAUCAGAAGAAGGCGGAGGACUGGAUGAAGCCACUCGUUAAGGGACAGGAGACGGGAUUGGUGGAGAUUCCGGGGAGUUGGUAUAUCGACGAUCUCCCGCCGAUGAUGUUCAUCAAGAACAACGCGAACUCGCACGGGUGGGUGAACCCGCGGGACAUCGAAGACAUCUGGCGGGACCACUUCGACUACUUCUACCGGGAGCACAAAGACGAGGGGUUCAUCUUUCCGAUCACGGUGCACCCGGACGUCAGCGGGAGGCCGCACGUCCUGCUGAUGCACGAGCGCCUCAUCGAGUACAUCAACUCCCAUGAGGGCGUCGAGUGGGUCACCAUGGAGGAGAUCUGCGAUGACUUCAAGAGCAGGAAUCCGUACCCCGAGGGCGCGCUGAAGCCGAGUCCGCCAGGUGAGGCGAUGAGGGUCAGGCCGGAGUUGGGGGUUAAGGUGGGUGGUAGCGUGUAGUGGGGUAGGGCUGUGGAGUUGUACAUAUGUUUACGCGGCUUGAGAUGUAUAUAUACGAGCGACGAGAUUAUCGUUAUGGUUAAGAACGUCUGCUUGCUUCUAUUAUGGCUAGGCCUGGGUUUCACGAAUGAUCCCUUCGAUAAUCUUCAUGCCCGCAAGCGUCUUCUCUUCCUUAAACUUGCGCUCGAUAACCUGCAGUCCCACCGAAUGGCCCUUCAUAGUCAGCGGA